CGCGCCCGCCCGCGCCCGCUCUCGCCUCGCCGAUGGGCAACCUGCUCGGCGGGGUCAGCUUCCGCGAGCCCACCACCGUGGAGGACUGCGACUCCACCUGGCAGACCGACUCAGAGCCCGAGCCCGAGGAGCCGGGGCCAGGCGGCGACGAGGGCCCGGGGCGCGAGCCGGAGCAGCCCGCGCAAUCCCCGGAGCGAGCCGGCGGGCGGCCCCGCGCCAGCCCCGCGCCGGACCGGGACGCCCAGGCGGCGGGCGCCGAGCAGAUUAGAGAUACUACAGCAUGUUUGCUGAGGGAAAUGACGAGGAGACAGGGUGGUGAUUCCACUGAAGCAACUGCCAAACCAAAGAGAAGUUUUUAUGCUGCGAGGGAUUUGUACAAAUACCGACACCAGUACCCACAGAACUUCAAAGAUAUCCGGUAUCAGAAUGACUUAAGCAAUCUUCGUUUUUAUAAGAAUAAAAUUCCCUUUAAGCCAGAUGGUGUUUACAUUGAAGAAGUUCUCAACAAGUGGAAAGGGGAUUAUGAGACUCUGGAGCACAACCACACUUACAUCCAAUGGCUCUUCCCUCUGAGAGAACAAGGCUUGAACUUUUACGCAAAAGAACUAACUACAUAUGAAAUUGAGGAAUUCAAAAAAACAAAAGAAGCAAUUCGAAGGUUCCUCCUGGCUUAUAAAAUGAUGUUAGAAUUUUUUGGAAUAAAACUGAUCGAUAAAACUGGAAAUGUUGCUCGGGCUGUUAACUGGCAGGAGAGGUUUCAGCAUCUGAAUGAGUCCCAGCACAACUAUUUAAGAAUCACUCGUAUUCUGAAAAGCCUGGGCGAGCUUGGAUAUGAAAGUUUUAAAUCUCCCCUUGUAAAAUUUAUUCUCCAGGAGGCGCUGGUGGAAAAUACCAUCCCCAAUAUUAAGCAGAGCGCCCUGGAGUAUUUUGUUUACACCAUUCGAGACAGAAGAGAGAGGAGAAAGCUCCUCCGGUUCGCCCAGAAACAUUACACGCCUUCAGAGAAUUUUAUCUGGGGACCACCGAGGAAAGACCAGUCAGAGGCCAGCAAAGCUCAGAAAACGCCUGGCCCCGCCGCCUCUGGUCAAAGCAGUCAAACGUCCCUGCAUAAAAAAUCCAAGGACGCCAAGAAUUCCUCCUCCUCGGUGGUGCAUGUAAAUAGCAAAACAGCUGAAGAAAAAAAGGGGGGACCUGGAGAGCCGGGAGAAGAGACAGAUGGGCCGAGCGCAGAGCCGGGCAGUGAGGCCACCGGGCCAGGAAACGCAGAGACAGACGGUGAUGCCGACAGUUCCGAGCCUCAGCCAGCAAAAGCACCUAAUAGUCCCGUGGAGAAAAAGGAGAGUGGAACUCCUGAAAAAGAUGAAGAAAGUGAAAGUCAUGACAAAGACUGUGGAAAUCCCGGAGAUGCAGGUUCCCACGAUGAUGUACCGUCACAGUGAAUUGUCAGAAAACCCACAAGGGUUUUCUGCUGUUCAGUUUACCCCGAGGAACAGAGGUCCCACUUCCACUAGUAGCCAGCUGUUUGUGAUCUCUGCUAUAAGCUUUGGGUUGUUAUUUCAUUUUUAUUUUGGGCGACACUGAAUUUAACAUUUAAUAAGAAGUUCUAAGGCGAGACCCAAUUAAUGAAUCUGUCCUGGAACACCUUGAGGAUGUGAAUUUUUCGAAUCCUGUACACAGCAGUGACAUUUGAAUUAUUUUCAUUAUAUCUGGAAGUGGUCCUGUAGUCUUUGAUACAUCGAAUAAAUUCUUUUGAGAGACCACCUUCUAUGUGAAGAAAAUCAAGAGGCUAAUUUUGUUUCCUUGCUAUGCCUUUGCCCUAUUUGUGGAUUCAUUUUUUUUCCCCAAGCUGGAGGGAAGAAUUUUGGUCUUCUCAAAGGUGUUCAUAAAGAAAUGUGGAUUUUUUCCUUUUCUUUUUUCAUCACAGCACCUCAGCAUGUUGAUUUUUAAGUUCUUGUAAGUGAGAUGGAUGUUCUUGGGGAGCUGUAGUGGCCCCUGCCCUUUGGUCAGUCCUGCUGGGUUUUUUUUCCCUCUUCCUUUUCUCCAUGCUGGCCCUCACUUGCCACCCUUGUCAGCUGGCCUGUGCAUGCCUAGUGUCCAUUCAGAUGAUCCCCUACAGAGGGGACUUUCCACGGUAUGAUUUCAAGCAUUUGCUUUGUUCAAAAUACUAGAAAAAUAUUUUUCUGUAUCAAGGGCUUAAAAACCAGUUUUGAUGCAGAAAUCCAAGAAAAGAAUUUUGCCUUCUGUGGCUGUUCCAUAUAAAUUUGGUGCUUGUUUCUGAAGGUGAAUGACUGAAGAAUUAAAAAAAAAAUAAGAAAGGAAAUUGUGUGUUUUCAAAAGGCAUGCAUCUUGAGCUGGCAACAGGCAGUGGUCCCUAAAACCAUGAAUAUCUCAGUGUUCUGCGGUCUGCGCAAUUAAUGUUGCUUAGUCCACAGUCUAUCUUAAAAAAAAAAAACCCUACAACUUACUGCAUGUUUUAAGUUGUCAAAACUUGAAAUUGAGAACAGACUUGACAUCCCAUAUACUCAGUUUUAAUAAGUACUUCAUGUGUUAAUAUUAGGUAAGAUCAAAUAAUUUUAUUUCCUAUAAUAUUACUAAUUAUUAUUACACAUUAGAAAACAAUCCAGCACUGUCAUGAGAACUUCAGAGCAUACAUAUAAAUAUAGUUAUAGCAAUUAACAGAAAAAAUGUUUUCACAUUACUUCAUUUAGAAAGGAAAUGGUUUUUGUGUGUUUCUUAGGCUUUUAGAGAAAGUUCUGUUCACUUUUGCCUCUAGAGAAUUUUUACUAUGUCCUAUUUUUUAACCCCAUCAUAUCAUCUUCUGUUAUCUUUGUUGAUCAAAGGAUUUUUAGUAGAGGAUUUCUAGAAAAAUUAACACACCAAUAGUUUGCCUUUAGAGAUAUGACUUUAUUGCCUUGAAAUUUACAUGAAACAUCCCUGUUGCUCAAAUCUGACUUUUUCAAUAUGAAUGUUAGUGACACUCAUGUUAUAUAUUGUAUUUCAAUAAAUAUAAACUAUUUUUCUCAUUAUCAUUUCUCAUAAUAUGCCAGGUUUUGCUUUCUACUGUUUUGUGAAGUGAGCAUUAGGAUUUGAGGAGAGAGUUCUGCUGCAUUUCAGCUCCUUUUUUCACACGGACCCUCUAGCAUACUGCGUGUUGAAGCCAUGUUCCCAUGAAGCUCAAUAAACAGUUUCACAGGGUUAGGGCAUGAGAGUAGGUUGUCACAUUGGGCUGAACUGUAGGAAUAUGAUAAACUCAAAAUAUCUUACCAAUUUUGCAUACAUGAUAAAAUUUUCAGACCACUUUCUGAAUGUAUAAUAUUAAAUUUUUGUGACCAGAUAUUAAAAUAUUAAUAAGCAGCAGAUACUAAGAUACAUGGAUAUAAUCUGAAUUACUUAGAAGCUAGUAGUAUAUCAGAGCCCUUAGAAGCAAAAACAUUUCAUUCAGUAAUUUAGCUUUUAGACAAUUAUUCCUAAUUAGGGAUUUGAUUAGAUUGUGCCCUUUAAUUUGAGAUUAUUUAGUCUCGAGGGAAAACUGCCUGGCUUCCAUUUAGAACAGUGGCCUUUGUCCACGGUUGUGGUGGUGGUUUUUUUUUAAUGCAUAUUCACAUGUACCAGUAUGGUUCCUGCAUUUAAUCUGUAAAUAACUUAUGAGAGAAUUACUCAGUGGAAACAAAUGAGAGGGUGGCAUUCCUUUUGCAGAUAAAAAUUAUGAGAGUCUAGAAUUUUUUUUCUAUUAAGAAUACUUUGUACAUUCAAUAGUUUUAAAGUAAGAUCUAUAGGUGUGUAUUUAUGUGUGUGUUAGAAAUGAAACGGCCCUCUGGGUUUGACUCUGAUGUUUUUUGUAUUUUUAAAAACUACCAUGUGCUUGCAGAAAUUUACUGAGAAGCUGUUAUAAAAGUGCAGUGUAGCAUGGCCAAAAAACUAGAAACAUUAUUGAAUUUUUGCAAAUAUACAGACUUUAUCGUUGUACCAUGGGCUGCAAGGAUGCUAAGUAUUGGCUAUUGGUAAAAUACUAUUUUGCAUUUCACAGCAAAUAGAUGUUAUAUCGCUUGCUUAGCCUAGUAUAUUUUUUCCCGAUUUUUUGUGCUUUCAUAUCCCAAAGGAGAUGAUAUAUGUGAAAAUAUUUUGAAAUACUGUAAAGUGGUAUAUAAUCAUAAGAUAUAUUUCUGUACAGUAGAGAAAAAGUGUAUAACAUUAAGAAUAUUGUACCAUUACACAUUCUCAUGCUCAAUAUCAUAAGAAACUCUAAAGAAUCAUGACAGAGGUGACCAUCUGUCUGCUUUCUCUAAAUCAGGUCUAGUUCUCAGUUCAAAAAUUAUUUUGUAUAGUUUUAUUUUGAAUUUAGGUCUUGAGAAACUACUUUUUUUCAGCUUCAAGGAGAAAAUAAAACAUAACUCAGGAGUUACUAGAGAAGUUCUAAGUUUUUUUGCUAAGUAUUAAAAUAUACACAUUACAUUUAUAAAAUUACCUACUUUGCUUCUAGAUUUUAUACUUUGAAAGUAUGACCUAGUGAAAAAGGAAAAACAGCACAGUGUUACAUCUGAGUUACUCUUUAAAAAAUCAUUUUAGUAAGUAAACGUCUAUGUCAAGUGGUCAAAAAUUGGUCAAACUGAUGGAGAGAGAAUAUUUGGUUAAUUGUUUAAAGUUAAAUUUCCCAAGUUUAUGGUAGAGUUAUGGUUGAGUUUAUAAUCUAGUGAGUAACUAAGUCAGGCAGGCGUUUGGUAUGUCUGUAAUUGAGGCUCUUCUAAAAGCUUUUAUUUUCUCACCCACGGAAAGGACAUCCUUGAUCUUGCUUGAUUGUAAUCGCCUCUGUGUGUCUUUUCAGGUUUGUUUGGGGUAAGUGGAGCUCUUUUGUUAUAGGAAUAGUUUUGAAGAUUUCUAUUUUGUUUCCUAUUUUUAAAAUUCCCAUUUUUUUUUUUUU